AUGAACAUCUCCAACUUCAACCAAUCUGUCGAAACGUCGUCCUCUCCACAAACCACAAGUCAGCCACCACAAGGUCUUACAACCUUCACACAAGUAACUUACUCAGUUCUGGCUUCCAUAGCCCUUGUUGGCAAUACAUUGGUGAUUUUGGUCUUCAUUCAAGACAGGAAACUUCUAAGGAAAUCCUACAACAUUUUGAUCCUUUCUCUGGCCGUAGCUGAUGUGCUGACCGCCAUAAGCUUGAUCACAAACCCAGCUUUUGUUCUUGGUGACGCGUUCCCCUAUCCGACUAAUCCAAUUUUGGGUGACAUUUUCUGCCGAGUGAUCUGGAGCCGAACAUUUCUCUUCCAGCUUGUAGUAUUCUCAGGUUACAUCUGCUUGGCUUUGGUGACGGAACGAUGGUAUGCGGUGAUGAGACCACUCAAAUAUAGCGAAACUUUCAACAAGAAGCGAACUCUCAUUUACAUAUUCACGGUUUGGCUAUGGUCACUGGUUCUCUGUUGUUCCACCUUUUUCGAAGUACAAUACGUUUCGUCUUCACCAUCUAUGCCGUGCAAAUGGGUGAUGGUCUGGAAGCAACAACGUGCGUUGGUUGGAAGCAUUCAAGUCUUCUUCAAAAUGGUGCUUCCCAGCUUUACAAUGCUUGUUUUGUUCAUUCACAUGACGUACAAGGCUGGCCAAUCCACAGUUGUCUCAGCACAAAGCAGGACAAAACUGCGCGGGAAAAUGACACGAAUGAUCGGUGCCGCUUGUUUGUUGCAGAUUAUCUGUUUUGCGCCAAAUCAGACCAACUAUGCGUUAGCAUUGGCGGGAAUAACGCGUCUUGAUUCCAGAUUGCACCACACUCUCUCUCUUCUGGUUUUCGUCAACAGCUGCCUGAAUCCAUUUAUUUAUGGGUUGAGUAACAAGAAUUACCGUCAUGGCUACCAAAAGAUCUUCGUGUUUCUUUUCUGUUGCGGGAAAUUUUGCAGAGGCAGUAAUGAAAUAGCGCCGAGUUCGUAUGAAAAUGGAUCUACUGCUCACAAAGACGCGCAAGAAAAUUUUGAAAUCACCAACGUUGUCUUUUCUGAGAGAGACUAUGAUCAACCUAAACCUGCCUAG